CUCUCUGCAGAACAUGCAAAGCCACCCUUAGCUCUCGCUCCACGCCUUCUUCCCAUUUGCUAUAUAGCUAUACAUAUAAGUACGCAUAGAAAUAAUCUCUCUCUCUCUCUCUCUCUCUCUCUCUCUCUCUCUCUCUCUCGGAUCAUGAAUACAAUGACGUCGAUCGGUUGGUACAGGCGGCUGUGUGAAACCAGCAAGUUACAGGGAAAUCAUGUGUUUCACUUCCUUCUCUUGGUUAUAGGAUUGUCAAUAGUCACCAUGGCCGGGUUAUAUCUCAAAAGCUUCACCUUCACCGGACAAGCCUCCCUUCGUCAUUCCAAUUCUCCGCCACUGUUGCCGGAGAAGCCGGUGGCUGUAAUCGUCGCAUCCAAGUACAAUGCCAAUUUCUCUGUGAAAGAGCAGACGCCUCUGAUCGUGCACAACAUGAGCGACGAAGAGUUGCUGUCCAGAGCAUUAUCCAUGGCUCCGCCGCUUCCUCACAGACUUGUCCCGAAAGUAGCGUUCAUGUUCUUGACGAUGGGGCCGUUGCCGUUAGCUCCCCUGUGGGAGAAAUUCUUCAAAGGCUAUCAAGGGUUUUACUCCAUCUAUGUUCACUCACGCCCUUCUUACAACGAAUCGGUUCCUGAAAGUUCAGUCUUCCAUGGAAGAAGUAUCCCCAGCCAGCCAGUGCAGUGGGGAACUAUGUCGAUGAUAGACGCCGAGAGGCGGCUUCUGUCCAACGCUCUCCUCCACUUGCCAAACCAGAGAUUUGUCUUGCUCUCUGAAUCCUGCAUUCCACUGUUCAACUUCACCGCCAUCUACGAUUACCUCCUCCACUCAAAUCUCAGCUUCCUCGGCUCAUUCGACGACCCGAGGGCGCCUGGUCGCGGCCGCUACAACCGCCGGAUGGAGCCAGCCGUUACCCUCUCCGAUUGGCGAAAAGGCUCUCAGUGGUUUGAAAUUCACCGCGAACUAGCCGUUAAAAUCUUGUCGGACCGUAAAUAUUACCAAACUUUCAAAGAUUUCUGUCUGCCAGCGUGUUACAGCGACGAGUUCUACUUGCCGACCAUGGUGCACAUCCUGUACCCGGAAAUGAACUCGAAUCGGAGCAUUACCUGGGUUGAUUGGUCUCGGGGUGGCGCGCAUCCGGCAAGAUUCGGGUGGGGCGAUGUGACGGAUGAGUUCUUGAACCGGAUUCGGUUCGGGUCGGAAUGUACUUAUAAUGGCAGAGUUACGUCUAUGUGUUUCCUGUUUGCCAGGAAAUUUGCUCCAGACGCAUUGGAGCCUCUGUUGCGGGUCGCUCCUUUGGUGCUUGGUUUUGAUCCAUGAUAUGAAUCGAGGAUUAGAUGAGGAAAAAACAAUUCUUCAUUUCAGAUAUAAUAAUACAUAUAUUUUUUUAUUUGCAUAAUCUUUGUAAUUGUAAUUUUAUAUAUAAAUUCCAUGCUUCGUAGUUGGUAAA